CACUUUUGCUAGAUGUGUAUCAAACACCUAUCCCAAACUGCUAUUCUACUUCCUAUUUGGUUGGUUGAAAUUUUCACAAGCAAGCUCGUCAGUCUCAUUUGCUGAACGCCAGAUGAUCAUACCAACACGCUGUUCGCUCAACAUGGUCCGCCAGUUCAUGUGUAUAUCGCUAUGUGCGCUCAUGGUGGUCGGUGCACGUGGUGGAAGUAAGAGGCCGGCCGGAAGUGUGGCGUUCGAACAGCCGACGGCGGAUGUGGAACCGUUCAGUGACGUCACCGUUCUCAACGACGCGGACUUCACAAAAUAUCAAGACUGUGAUGAAAUCCUCGCUUCCGGUUCCUACAAGGAGGCGGGGGCGUACCGGAUCUACCUUAACCAGUCGGAACCCAUCGUGGUUUUCUGCUCAUUCGAAUCUGGAGCCGCCAGCUAUGGGAUACUGGUGCAGAAGUUCGGCACGGUGAGCUUCGUACAGAACUUUUAUAACUACGAGCGAGGCUUUGGGAACAUCGCGACAGGGGACGGCUGGUUGGGGCUGGCGAAUAUCAAAGCGCUGACAGACGCAGGUUACAACACGCUCACGGUUACGAUGCAAGACUGCAACCUAAACGUCAGAACCAUCGUCUACCGCCACUUCUCGCUGGGACCCGCCUCUUCGUGAUACACCCUCUACAUCAACAGCUACGCUUCUGGUAACGUACUUCCGGAUGACUUCUCUUUCAACAACGGCAUGUCUUUCGCUACCAUAGACGCACCGGAUGCGCACAGCUGCGCGCUGAGCAUUCGCGGUGGCUGGUGGUACAACUACUGCACGUACACGCUCCCCACUUGAAGAUACUACCAGCCGUUCGGGUCCUACACUCCGCCCGUAUCUAUGUACGACGGUCUGUUCUACAAAGACUGGUACGGCUUCGGCUACUCGCUCAAGUACUUCAGCAUGACUCUGUCCAGUUUCUAGGCGACCGAUUUCAGUAUCCUGUCAGCAAUUUCCUCCUGUGUUGAUAUCGUCUGCAUUUCCCAAUGUUAUAGUUAUCGUUAGGGUAGCUAUCAAUACACAUUAUUUACAGAUCGUUGGGUAUUUGUAUUCAUGCUUCAUCUUUUAUGCUCAAGUAAUCUUAUGACAAG